AGCUCGCUCGCUCGGCCGGAUUCAAUCAAGAUCGCCGCCUGCGGUGGUGGUGCAUCUGCCCUGCCGCGGGACGGAGUUGAUGCCGCCGGUCUCCUCCAACUGAUCGUCACCGCAUCCAUCCCCUCGCGCCGCGCCCAGCAAUGGCGUCCAAAAGCCGCUUUGUCGUCGGCUCUCAUGUCUGGAUCGAGGACCCAGAUGAGGCCUGGAUGGAUGGCCUGGUGGAAGAGAUCAAUGGGGAAGAGCUAGUCGUCAACUGCACCUCUGGAAAGAAGGCCACUGUUAAUGUCUCCAGCGCCUACCCCAAGGACACGGAAUCCCCGCGUGGUGGCGUCGAGGAUAUGACCAGGCUGGCCUAUUUACACGAACCGGGAGUUCUCCAGAACCUCAAGUCCAGAUAUGCCCUCAAUGAAAUAUACACUUAUACUGGGAAUAUUUUAAUAGCUGUAAAUCCAUUUCAAAGACUUCCUCACCUCUAUAACAACCACAUGAUGGGGAUUUACAAAGGCGCAGAAUUUGGCGAGCUGAGUCCCCAUCCAUUUGCAAUCACUGACCGUGCGUAUAGACUUAUGAUCAAUGAUCGUAUCAGCCAAGCAAUAUUAGUUAGUGGAGAGAGUGGAGCUGGCAAGACAGAAAGCACUAAAAGUCUUAUGCAGUACCUUGCUUUUAUGGGUGGCAAAGCUCAAGCUGAAGGAAGAUCAGUGCAACAGCAAAUCCUAGAGUCCAACCCUGUUCUUGAGGCAUUUGGCAAUGCAAAAACAGUCAGAAAUAAUAAUUCAAGUCGUUUCGGCAAAUUUGUUGAGAUUCAGUUUGAUCAGAAUGGGAAGAUUUCAGGAGCCGCAAUUAGGACCUAUCUUCUGGAAAGGUCACGUGUUUGUCAGAUAUCCGACCCAGAAAGGAACUAUCACUGCUUUUACAUGCUGUGUGCUGCACCACCAGAAGAGCGCGAGAAAUAUAAAUUGGGAGAGGCCAGAUCAUUUCACUAUCUGAACCAGUCUAAUUGCAUUGAGCUUAAUGGGAUGGAUGACUCUGCAGAAUAUGUAGAAACCAGAAGAGCUAUGGGUAUUGUGGGUAUUACUUCUGAUAAACAGGAUGCGAUAUUCAAAGUUGUUGCUGCUAUUCUUCAUCUGGGGAACGUAGAAUUUGCAGAAGGAAGCGAAGCAGAUUCUUCUGUACCGAAAGACGAGAAAUCUCAGUUCCAUCUUAAGACAGCAGCUGAGCUUUUCAUGUGCGAUCAGAAGGGUCUUGAGGAAUCCUUGUGCAAGCGUGUUAUGGCAACACGUGGAGAGAGCAUCACAAGAAAUUUAGAUCCAAAAGCUGCAGCUCUUAGCAGAGAUGCAUUGUCUAGGAUUGUUUACUCACGUUUGUUUGAUUGGCUUGUAACUACAAUCAAUACUUCAAUCGGUCAAGAUCCAGAAUCAAAGAUUUUGAUUGGUGUGCUGGACAUAUAUGGUUUUGAAAGUUUCAAGACAAACAGCUUUGAGCAAUUUUGCAUCAAUCUAACUAAUGAGAAGCUCCAGCAACAUUUUAAUCAGCAUGUUUUUAAGAUGGAACAAGAAGAAUAUACAAAAGAAGAAAUUGACUGGAGUUACAUCCAGUUUGUAGACAACCAAGAAAUUCUUGAUCUGAUUGAAAAGAAACCAGGGGGAAUAAUUGCCCUGUUGGAUGAGACAUGCAUGUUGCGGAAUUCAACCCAUGAAACAUUUGCUGAGAAGCUAUAUCAGAAGUUUAAGGACAACCCGCACUUCAGCAAACCCAAAUUUUCAAGAUCUGAUUUCACUGUUCACCAUUAUGCUGGAAAUGUCACUUAUCAAACAGAUCUUUUCUUAGAUAAAAACAUAGAUUAUGCUGUAAAUGAACAUCAAAUCUUAUUACACGCGUCAAAAUGUCCAUUUGUUUCAAGUCUUUUUCCACCUUCUGAAGAAUCAUCAAAGGCCACCAAGUUUUCUUCAAUAGGCUCAAGUUUCAAGCAACAACUACAAUCUCUGUUAGAAACGCUGAGUGCAACCGAACCACACUACAUCCGCUGCAUAAAACCCAAUAAUGUUCUCAAGCCAGCAAUAUUUGAGAACAGUAAUGUUCUCCAGCAGCUUCGUUGUGGGGGAGUUUUGGAGGCGAUAAGGAUAAGCUGUCUAGGAUACCCCACAAGGCGAACAUUUUAUGAGUUCGUUAAUCGAUUUGGUAUUCUGCAACCCAAAGCUCUGAGUCGGAGUCAUGAUGAAAUUACUGCUACGAAGAUGCUUCUUGAGAAAACUAAUCUUGUAGGCUAUCAGAUAGGGAAAACAAAAGUGUUUCUACGUGCUGGUCAAAUGGCUGAGUUAGAUGCUCUAAGGACUGAGGUUUUGGGACUCUCUGCUAAAAAAAUACAAACCAAAGUUCGGUCGUUUCUGUCUCGUAAGAAAUACAUCCGGAUGCGAAUAUGUGCUACACAACUCCAGGCAGUAUGCAGGGGAACAAUUGCUAGAAGCUGUUAUGAAAAUCUUCGAAGAGAGGCGUCUUCUUUGAAAAUUCAGACCUUCUACCGUAUGCGUCAUGAAAGAAAAAAAUAUAGAGAUAUAUGUUCUGCGUCAACUACUAUCCAAUCUGGUCUACGUGGUAUGGCUGCUCGCAACAAACUCCGUUUUUUCCGACAAACAAAAGCCGCAGUGAUUAUUCAGAGUCAAUGCCGCUGUCAUUUAGCGCGCUCACGGUACGUGAGGCUGAUGAAGGCCACAAUCACAACGCAGUGUGCUUGGAGAGGAAAAGUGGCCAGAAGAGAACUUCGACAGCUCAAAAUGGCUGCAAAGGAAACUGGUGCUCUACAGGCUGCCAAGAGUAAACUAGAGAAAGAAGUUGAGGAGCUUACUUGGAGGUUACAACUGGAGAAACGUAUCAGGUCCGAUAUGGAAGAAGCCAAGACGCAAGAAAAUAAGAAGCUCCAGUUACAAUUGCAGGAAUUGCAACUGCAAUUCAAGGACACAAAAGAGUCGUUAAAAAGGGAACAGGAAGCUGCCAAGGCAGCAUCAGAGAAAGCUGCUUUAGUGCCAGAGAUCCGUGUUGAUGCAACUCAAGUGACUGAGCUUACUGCUGAAAAUGAGAGGCUCAAGACACUGGUGUCCUCCCUUGAGACCAAAAUUAAGGAAACAGAACAGAGGUUUGAAGAAACAGAGAAAGUCAGGGAACAGUGGCUUAAGAAAGCUACGGAUGCGGAGUCACAGAUAAAUGAGCUAAAAAACACAGUACAAAGCCUUCGAGAAAAGUUGACUACUGCAGAAGCAGACAACAGUGUUCUUCGACAACAGGCUAUGAAAGCAAGACCUGAUAUGCCUUUGCUUAACAUGCAUCGGAAAUCUAAUUUGGCUAAUGGCAGCCUACCUGGAGACGAACAGACUGCCACACCUAUGGAAUUCGGAAGGAGAUCUAUUAUUGAGAGACAACAAGAGAGUGUUGAAGCACUGAUAAACUGUGUCGUUGAAAAUAUUGGAUUUAGUGAUGGAAAACCGGUUGCUGCAAUAACCAUAUACAAAUGCCUUCUUCAUUGGAGAACUUUUGAGGCAGAAAAAACAAAUGUUUUUGACCGGCUCAUUCAAAUUUUUGGUUCAGCAAUGCAGAAACAAGACAGCAACGCCGAGCUUGCAUACUGGUUGUCAAAUUCAUCAUCCUUAUUGAUUAUACUACAAAAGAGUCUGAAACCUGCUGGCUCAACUAUAACAACACCACUGAAAAGAACAACGACUCAGACGUCAUUCCUUGGAAGGAUGGUAUUUCGUGCUUCAAGCAUUACUGUUGAUAUGGAUCUUGUGCGCCAAGUUGAGGGGAAGUAUCCUGCAUUUCUUUUUAAGCAACAGCUUACAGCUUUUGUGGAAGGCUUAUAUGGAAUGAUCCGUGACAAUGUGAAGAGAGAAGUAUCUUCAGUACUCUCACUUGUUAUUCAGGCACCAAGAACUGCAAAGGCUGGUUUGAUAACAGAUCAAAGUAGCUAUUGGCAAGCGAUAGUCAGCCAUCUGAAUGAUCUCUUGAAAAUCUUGCAAGAAAAUUGUGUCCCAACAAUUUUUUCCCGGAAGAUCUUUACACAGAUUUUCGCAUUUAUCAAUGCUCAACUCUUCAAUAGUCUCCUCGUACGGCGAGAGUGCUGUUCUUUCAGCAAUGGAGAAUAUGUGAAACAAGGGCUGGAAGAACUGGAGGCAUGGUGCUCACAAUCCAAGCCAGAGUAUGCAGGAUCUGCAUGGGAUGAACUGAAGCACAUAAGCCAGGCUGUUGGUUUCCUGGUCAUUUUCAAAAAAUUCAGGGUAUCAUAUGAUGAAAUAGCCAACGAUCUCUGCCCAAUAUUGAGUGUCCAGCAACUUUACAGGAUAUGCACACAGUAUUGGGAUGACAAAUAUAAUACUGAAAGUGUAUCUGAAGAGGUCUUUAAUGAGAUGAAAACAUUGAUCGACGAGGGAUCUGGCCAGGGCAAAUCGGACAAUACCUAUUUACUAGAUGAAGAAAUAAGCAUGCCCUUAUCACUUGACGAGAUAGCCAGUUCUAUGGACACCAAGGAAUUCCAGAACGUGGUUCCACCUCAAGAACUCCUCGACAACGCGGCAUUCCAGUUCUUGAAGAGUUGAAUUCCGUGCGAGAGCAAAAAUAUGGUAGCCUCCGGAGGAUAGGUAUGUUGUAAAUUGUCAGUCAUAUAGGUCUUAGUUCCUUUUUCAGUCCCCCAGCUGGGCCUUGUAAAUUAUUCCAUGUUCAUAGUCAUAGGCUGGUUGGUGUAAGGUCUGAUAGCUUUUUUUUAUGGCUGCUGGCUGGGUUUGGAAGAGCCCACGGCAUGACAGGAGAUCGGUCAUUUGCAUUCAUUCUUUCUAGUCAAAGGUAGAUAUAUCAUACAUGUAGUAGAUUAUCCUUCAGAAGUUUACAAAUCCAUUCUUUGUAGCAAAGGUAUAGAUAUAUGUAUUAGUAUCGAUGAGAAUUACCAAAUUUUGGGGAUUGAAGAGCCCCCAAUGGGGUCAUCCAUAUCCAUAUGAUCUUCGUAUCACAUUUGAUUGUACAGAGCAGCACCAGAAUCAUGUGAAAUGUGCGUGCAUUUGUUGGAGGAUCCACCCCAUUGUACUACUUGUUUGUGGAUGAAAAUGAUCAUGUCCUAUUUUGUCAUGA